AUGUGUCGUCACCGUGACAGCAUUGCUGCAGAUAACUGCCGAAUUAUAGCCAUGUCCUCCACUCGCAUGCCUUCUUGCCCAAGUCCGAUGAGAGGGAAGAUCACAUGUAUCCUUGGGCCGAUGUUCAGCGGAAAAACGACAGAAUUGCUACGCAUGCAUGAUCGUCAAAUGAUCGCACGAAAAAAGUGCGUUCUUGUGAAGUACGCGGGAGAUACUAGGUACGAUCCAGAGUUGAUAGCCACACAUACGAAGGUAACUGGGCAAGGAAUCACUGUUAAAGCUCAUAAACUUGCCGAUGUUGAAGAACAAAUUUUCGACCCCACUGUCCAGGUGGUUUCGAUCGAUGAAGGCCAGUUCUUCAGCGAUUGUGCGGAAACGUGCGAUCAGCUGGCGUGCAUGGGUAAAGUCGUCUACGUAGCGGUGCUGAACGGCACUUUUGAAAGGAAGCCGUUUCCUCAAGUUUCACAGUUGCUUCCCUAUGCGGACGAAAUCAAGCAAGUGGUGGCGGUUUGUGUCGGCUGCGGAUCAGAUGCUAGCUAUUCAUUUCGCAAUACAUUGGAUAAAAAGGUAGAAGUAAUAGGAGGUCAAGACACAUACCGUGCUCUUUGUCGUGCAUGUUACUUGGAUGAGUCUUGUCGACGCGAAUCAGUUUUUGAGAGCACGGAUAAUGAAAACUGCAUUGCGGAUCGUCAGUCUGCUAAGGAGGAUGGGCUGAUGUCGUCAGAUUCUCGGCGUAAAGUGUUUAGAGUGCAUAGAGAGUAA